UGUGCCCCGCCCACUGCUUGGCGCACGCGUGUUGUGGUCCUGCGGAACGUUAGCUUCUCUUCUGUUUCCGGUUCACAGUUACAGACUCAGAAUGAGCACGGGGAAUGGGACCAGGAGAAAAGCCAUGCUGGACACCUACACUGCGCCAUCUGACCCUAAAACACUUUCUGAAAUUCAGGGUCUUUUUAGCAAAGUUAAACACUACGUGAAGCCUAGCGAUGGGUCGUGGUGUCUCCCAGAUCCUAACGAGUGUCUGAGACACACGGCGGAGGAACACCGUCUGCUGCAGGCUUUGAAGGAGGCUCUCAACGAUGUAAAGAACCAGCUUAGUGACAAGAACGUUCAGGUCUGGCAUCAGCACACCAACUCCACCAACCGAGCUGGGAAAGUGAUCCCUGCCGUGCGCUCUGCUGCCAACGCAGAAAUCUGCACUCAAGCCUGGUGCAAGUUCUACGAAAUCCUGGGAACUUUUAAUCUCCUUCCACAGGAGGCCCUCCACAGUGGAGAGUUGAACACAGUUCACCUCUGUGAAGCGCCAGGUGCCUUCAUAACUGCCCUGAACCACUACGUAAAAACCCAUGAGUCCACGCACUACUGUGACUGGAGUUGGGCAGCAAACACACUUAACCCGUAUCAUGAGGCUAACGAGGGCAGUACCACCAUCGCGGACGAUCGGCUCAUCGCUAACACACUGCCGUGGUGGUUCUUUGGUUCAGACAACACGGGAAACAUCAUGGCCCAGAAGCACCUGCUGGAACUUCAAGUCUUUGUUUCUAACAUGCGCAGAGUUGAUCUGGUGACGGCUGAUGGGAGUUUUGACUGCCAGGAGAACCCAGAUGAGCAGGAGGCUCUUGUGGCAUCACUCCAUUACUGCGAGGUCACGUCUGCACUGCUGCUCCUGAGCACCGGUGGCUCCUUUGUGCUAAAAAUGUUCACGUUGUAUGAACACUCCUCCGUCUGCUUGCUCUACCUGCUCAGCUGCUGUUUCGGCUCCGUCAGUGUCUUCAAACCGGCCACCAGUAAGGCCGGCAACUCUGAAGUUUACAUCGUGUGUCUGAACUUUGAUGGCAAGGAAGCCGUGAGGCCUUUGCUCUCAAAGCUAAUUCGGAACUAUGGUCCUGAGUUUGUUGACAAAGAGGCCCUUUUUCCAAAUAAACUUAUUCCAGAGUCGUUCCUGAAGCAGCACUUCGAGGUGUGCUCUUACUUUUACACCCUGCAGGUGGAGACAAUCACUGAAAACUUAAGACUGUUUGGAAACAUCAGCGCAGAAGAAAAACAACGGCUUGACUACAUCAGGGACUGCACGGCUCAAGAAUACCUGCAGCGAUUCCAGGUGAGAUUUCUUCCACGAAGCAGAUGGAUUUCCCGCAACACAGUGAGUCCUGCCUGCCGCAGCGUCUCCGGGGGACGAUCUCAAGGACCAAAGAAGCAAACAGGUUCCUUUAAUCAGCGGAGGGAGCUGCAGACCCUGAGCUGGAGGGAACGCAUCCAGAAGGGUUACCAUGCCACCUGGAUACAAAGACACUGCACUGAGGCCAGUGGGACAAGCUGCACACUGGGGGGUCCUCAGUCCAAUUGUCAAGUGCAUUCAUGGUACGUUAUCAUCGGUGCAGCGUUGUCCACCAUCAGAAACUCCCCGUUCUGUGAUGGUGGAUUAUUAAACCACCUCAACGAGGCCUUGACGGACACAGCUGUGGACUGGACUAGCGUCUCACCCUGUGGCUCCUGCCGCUCGGUUGGUGCUGACCCCCUCAUGUCUGUCAUCAAGGAGGACAGUGGGGACAGGAACAGUGAGAAACAACAUUGUCUGGUGUUUGGGAGCCACUCAGUGUGGAGAGACUAUGAGAGCCAAACGGGGGAUUUGGUCCUCAGGUUUGUGCCAGAGCCUUCGCUGCCUCCAAGAGACCGUGUCACCAUGCACGACGGGGAGCCGCAGUACCAGCAGCAGCUUGUGGGUUGCGUUGUGUAUUCCCUGCAGACGUUGAACACGGGGGAUGCGCUGCUGCUGCCUGUGUUUUCUGCCCUAACCCGUGUCACAGCGGGGCUCGUCUUCUGCCUUCAUUCGUGCUUUCGCUCGGUCACGUUUCAGUGUCCUCCCCCCUGCGGCGCAGUCGGAGCUGUGCUCGUGUGUGUUGGUUUCUGUGCUGAGGCUGCGGCACGGGUUUUGCCAGUUCUCACAGGUAUAAAUGACAGCAUGGGGGCGCUCUUAAGAGGAGAGGAGGAUGGGAGUGAGUCGUCUGGCAGAGACAGACAGGUGCUGCAGUUUGUACCCAUGGAGGAGCUGCUCUCUGGAGGACUGACUGACUUUCUGUGGACCAUGAAUUCUGAUGUAAUUCAACAAAAGCUCCAUCUGCUGAUGCAGCUGUAGUAACCACUGAGCUCCACCGUGACACGGGUUCUGAGAUCUAACUACUGAGUUGAAAUAUAUAAUGAAAUACUUUCACCCUUUAAAAUAUUUCUAACUGAAGUACAGCUACAGUUAGUCACCUCAGCUUUUUAAAAUGUAUAUUUUUUCGUUGCCUUUCUGCUCCCACAUUAAAUUGAAUACCACUGGCUGCCUUUUGCAGCCAAAACAA